GCUGGACGCCGUGACAGUUGCCCAGUUCAUUCUUUACCUUUCUUCUUCUCUCUCCGCUAACCGGCUUCCGCCCAGCGCCGGCGCUGUCUCUCUCUGUCGGAUCUUUUUAACCGUUUUCCCUUUUUGAAGAAGAAAGAAAGAAUAUUAGAAGAUAGAUAGAAGGGGUGGAGGGACCAGAUAGCUUGAUCACCCGCGCCCAUCUCCGAAUUAUCAUUACGGUAACGACAAACACGGUUAAUCAUCUACUUCGCUUCUUUCGCCGACACGAUCCGAGACCUCGGGUCGACACACACUCUUUACUGGUGCAAAGGUUUCCUUUCCAAUCCAAGCUCUUAGGUAUGUACCCGCUUUUAAUUAGCCUGCUACGUGCCAGCGCUUGUACAUACACAAGUCAUGUGUAUGUUAAUAGUGCUGGGUGUUCCCUUCCUUCCACUCUAAUUUAUUCCCUUCACUCCCCCCGCCUUUUCCAUUUUUCCCCCUUACUCUUUCUCCAUUCCAUUCCCUUUGUUCUAUAUAUCGGUUGCCUCCAAUAGCUGGGUUACAUUUUAUUAUUCUAGUUACGGGGUGGGAGGGGUGACUAACAGAUAUCUACCAACCAGCUACCACGUUCCACUACCUUCUUUCCUUCUCACGACAAACACACACCAACCAAUCACAACGAUGCAGAGCACCGUCCUUUCAUAUUUACUGUUGGCGGUGUCGGCGCUGAGCGUCGUCACAACAGCACUUUCAAGUCCCGCCGCAAUGCUGAUAGUACCCGGGGGCGUACCGGAGUCGGAGUCCGACUGGCACAACCUGCUUCGCAGAGAUGCGGAUGACAAGAUUGUCCGACGUCAAUCAUCGAGUGGGGCGAGGAAUGAGUCUGAUAUCGAGAAACUGGAUCUGCAGAGUUGGGCGAGGGAGACGACGCUCAGGUGUAUCGACAAAUUGAGGAACGUUACAAAGGCUUCCAACCCUUCUGGCAUCGCCGUCUGCUACAACCUUCCAUUUUUGAGCACCAAGUCGGGCGUUUUUGCCGCCGAUUUGAGGCUUUACCAGGUUUCGGCUCCGGAGGGGGAUUGGGCUACUGUUGGGGGGAACAUUGAUGUCUCUUUGAUGUAUAAUGGCGCGGCUGUACAAGUGAGGAACGAAACCGCCGAGGAAGCGGCCGCAACGGCACAGGCCUCUGCGAAUUCUGAGGGGCCCCAAAAGGUCCAGGAGUUUCACUUUAUUGGGCAGAUUGACAAGAUGCUUUUGGCCGAUGACAUGUCUGAUCUCGAAAUGCAGAACAUGUUGAAGCCGAAUAUCUCCCUUUUCGCAAACACUCCUGGGGGCGCGCAAUUAACCACGGUCCUCUCCGCUGACGAGGCAACUUUUGUCAACGGCAUAUUCGCGGACGUAGCCCCAGCCGGCCAAAACAAUACAGCGGCUAUUGACGCCCCGUUCAAACUCCCGGGAACCAGAAUCGAGAUUGUACCGAUUGGACUGUACUUUUUCGGAACUUAUUUGGUCAUUGCGUGCUCUAUCUUUGGAUGGGGUAUUUAAAUUCCUCCCAUAAUAGUGAAAAACAUUCACUAACGAUAAUUUUGAUAGGCACCUUUGAAAGACAAAAGUUCCGAGACCAAUAUCGCAAGAGAAUUGCACAGAAGGGGGCAGCCGGUGGUCGAGGGGGAAUUUGAAGCAAGUUUCCUUGGUUCUUCAUUUUUUCCUUUACCCUCCUUCCCUUCCCAGUCUUGACCCAACCGUGCUGUUUUUUUCUCCCCGUCUUAGCCCAGCAUUUAUCAUAGUCUUAUUAUAUACAUAGAAAUCCAUUCUUGUAUUAUUUAUUAUUUUUUGUGAAGGUUAGCGUCUACUCUUCCUUUUUUUCUGUGGAUACUUUGGAAUAGGUGGUCUUGUUUGGUUGGUCGGUUUGAUUGGUAGCGGUUGUUUUUUUACUUUUUAUUUACUUUUUUAUGCACUUUUCUUUUGCAGGUACUUUUUUAGUUGGGGGCAUCUAUGGAGUUUUUUCCCUUGAGUGUUUCUGCCUUUUCGAGGGUUUGGUAUAAUUGGGAUAUCUGUAGUUGAUGGAGGAAGGCAGUGAAUGGACGGGUCAGUGGGUGGGGGAUGGAGGAGUAGGAGGAGAGGAGAAAAUAAACUUGACUUAAUAAUAAGAGAUUCGGUAAUAUAGCCGAUUUUUGAG